AUGGACGUCCUUUCCCAGCAGAGUAUCUCUAGCUGCCGGCAGUCAAGUCUCGACGUUCGAGCCGCGCACCUCAAGCUUUUCAACACGAACAGCUUACGGUUCAUGAAGCGAUCAAACAAAUAUGUUCGAAUUUCCCAAACACAUAUUGGCAAGAGCGCGACCAGCAAGAAAAAGGAUCCAAAGGAAUUCCAUGCGGCUUUGGCUAGGGAUGGGUGGCUGGGAAUAGCUCUGCCCGAGGAACUCGGGGGUGCUGGUCUUGGAAUUUCUGAAGCAACUAUGAUGAUGCAAACCAUCACGCAGUCGGGGGCUGGAAUGGCUGGCGCGCAGGCAAUCCACGCCAACGUGUACGCGACACAACCCCUUGCGAAAUUUGGCACCAAGGAGCAAUUGGAAACGACCAUACCGAACAUUAUCAAUGGCACAUGGAGGACCUGUUUCGGGGUCACAGAACCCAACACGGGGCUCGAAACUCUCAAGUUGAAGACAGUCGCCACCAGAACGGAAAACGGCUAUUCAAUAUCAGGUCAGAAGAUCUGGAUCACUUGCGCGCAGGUCGCUUCGAAAAUGAUUCUUCUGGCCAGGACUACACCACUCGAGGAAGUGAAAAAGUCCAGUGAAGGGUUAUCGCUGUUCUGCAUUGAUCUUGAACGCAAUCAGCCGGGUCUGGAAAUGCGCAAAAUCAAGAAAAUGGGUGGCCGGGCAGUUGACGCUAACGAAGUGUUCUUCGAUAACUACACAAUUCCCGCUGAAACACUUAUAGGCGAAGAAAGUCAGGGCUUCAAAAUCAUUCUGCAUGGAAUGAAUGCUGAGCGCUGUCUAUUGGCGGGAGAGGCCCUUGGUCUGGGUUAUGCAGCUCUCGAAAAGGCAGCACAGUAUGCCAAAGAACGUAUCGUCUUUGGCCGGCCGAUCGGACAGAAUCAAGGCGUUGCCCAUCCGCUUGCAGACGCUUACAUGAAGCUGGAGGCAGCCAAGCUCGCUACUUACCAUGCAGCUCGCCUGUACGAUUCCAACGACGACUCAGUACCCUUCCAUGCAGUUGGGGUUGCUUGCAACAGCGCCAAGUAUCUAGCUGCCGAAGCUGCAUUCACUGCAUGUGAGCGUGCCGUCUUGACGCAUGGAGGCAUGGGGUACGCGAUGGAGUAUGAUGUGGAACGAUAUUUGCGUGAAUGUUUCGUUCCCAGAAUUGCCCCGGUCAGCCGAGAGAUGAUUCUCAAUUACGUGAGUGAAAAGGUACUUGAGUUGCCUCGGAGUUAUUAA